UCGCUACAGACGCUUAAUAGUCUUUAUUUAAUUAAACACAUCUCGUUUUCUUCUUUAUAUUAUAUAUUAUAUUCUUGACAUUUAGGCAGAAAUGGCUGACACAAAAGUCGAUACCAGCUCGGAAGUCUCCGCCAAGGACCUUAAAGAAAAGAAACAGGUUGAGGAGGCAGAAAACGGAAAAGAUGCUCCCGCUAAUGGAAAGGCGGAGAACGAGGAAAACGGCGAUCAAGAAAAUGAAGUAGAUGAGGAAGAGGAGGAUGUUGGUGAGGAAGAAGAGGAGGAAGAUGAUGUAGAAGGUGAAGAUGAUGAUGAAGAUGAUGAGGCUGAGGGUGGUACAGGAAAGAGAGCGGCAGAGGAUGAUGAUGAUGAAGAUGAUGAUGAGGAUGUCGUUGAAACUAAGAAGCAGAAAACAGACGUGUAGAAAGCUACUCGGCCCGUAAACUUCUCAUCCCUCCUUUCCUUAACUUGUCCAAUGGGGAGGAAACAGCGUGGUCAUCAAGUAGAGUCCAGCAUCCGUGUACACACACCUAACUGCAGAUUUUGUAGAAACAACCAAGACUUCAAAGCUCUACCUUCUUACGAAAUACUUUAAAAGGAAAAAUUUGUUUGUAUUUUUAUUUACAUUUUAUAUUUUUGUACAUAUUGUUAGGAGGUCAGCCAUUUUUGACAGUGAUCUCUGGUUACCAAACGGUGCUUUGAAGUUGAUGCUUCUUUAAGGAUUAGACUUUACUUGUGGUUUGACCAUGUCAUGUUAUCUCAAAGGAAACUUGUAAAAAAGCGACAAAAAAUGUUAAAAAUGAGCGGGGAAAAAACUAGAAAAAACUUUUAAUUCAAAGCAUUCCAGUAACUUUGUGUAUGUACAUCAGUUGUAUCAUACGUAGUUGGAUUGUAUGAGAGGGCAAGGGCAAAAGAGAAGAUUUUCUUCUUUUCUUUCUUGCCUACUAAAUUGCUAUCUAUUUGUGGCCUGUUUGAUGUAUGUGUGAAAUUUGUUGUGCGACAAUAAACCGAAUUUUAUUUUGAGAGUUCUUUUUUUUUUCCUUUUAUGACUUUUCAUGAGUUUUAAUGUUGGAGCUGUAUGGGCAAGAAUAUCGGGCAAGAACCAGCAUUAUCUUCAGAUGCAGUUCAUGUUUUUCAUCAGCCUGUCAAAAUGUACAUCAAUGUAAAUUAUUCAGGCCUUUAAGACUCCAAAAUCUGGUAUAAAUUAUAUUGUGUUAAAUAAAACUGUCUGUGUGAAUUCUUCCA